CCGCAGCAGCAAGUAGCGGCCGUUUCGGCAGCAGCCUCCGCAAGAGGUGUGGACAGGUUCCGCCUGACCCCACCCUGGAAAGUCCUUUUGAAGAAAUGGCCCUGGUGAAGGGCGGCUGGCUGUGGAGACAGAGCUCCAUCCUUCGCCGCUGGAAGCGGAACUGGUUCGCCCUGUGGUUGGAUGGGACCCUGGGCUACUACCAUGACGAGACGGCGCAGGACGAGGAGGAUCGUGUGCUCAUCCAGUUCAACAUCCGCGACAUAAAGAUUGGCCAAGAGUGCCACGACGUGCAGCCCCCAGAGGGCCGGAGCCGAGAUGGCCUGCUGACCGUGAACCUACGGGAGGGCUCCCGCCUGCACUUGUGUGCAGAGACCAAGGAUGAUGCCAUAGCAUGGAAGACGGCACUGCUGGAGGCGAAUUCCACCCCGGCCCCAACUGGAGCCACCGUCCCUCCCAGGAGCCGCCGAGUUUGCCCCAAGGUCAGGUGUGUGACCCGCUCGUGGAGCCCCUGUAAGGUUGAAAGGCGGAUCUGGGUGCGUGUCUACAGCCCGUACCAGGACUACUAUGAGGUGGUACCCCCCAACGCGCACGAAGCCACAUACAUCCGCAGCUACUACGGACCGCCCUAUGCAGGCCCUGGCGUGACACACGUGGUAGUGCGGGAGGAUCCCUGCUACAGUGCUGGCGCUCCGCUGGCGAUGGGCAUGCUCGCCGGGGCCGCCACAGGGGCAGCGCUGGGCUCGCUCAUGUGGUCGCCCUGCUGGUUCUGAGCCCUGGGACUCGGAGCGUGGACCCUGUGCAUAGACCAACAGACCCCUGUUCUUACUUGACCCGGCCCUCCGCUAUCUAAGCCCUGCCGUACUUGGGCUCCUUCUUCUCCAUUAGCUGCUUCUGGACUUGGAUCAUCCAUCCCACUCCCCCACCCUCUAUACUGGAAGAAGCUAUCAUCCCAGGCACAAACAUAGUCAAAAUCCUUAUAUCUACUACCAGACACCCCAGGAUUUUGUUAUAGACAUACGUGGACAUGUUUCCCCCAAAUAUACCAGGACACAGAAAACACAGCUCAUGUGACUUCAAGUUCCCAUGUGCUGGAGACACAGGAGUCAGGUUCUUUCCUCCAGCUCCUCCAGGGUUGGUGGGAAAAACAGAAGUAAACAAACACUUGACAAGGCAGAGUUAUCCAUCCUUUGACACAUGAGGGUAAAGAGCAGAAGAAGGUGGGCUAGGAGUAGGGUUGUCGGCAAGAGUGCAGAGUGGUGAAUAUCAUGGCAUGUCCAAGGAAUUAAGAGUUCAUUUAGGCUGGGGUGAGGACUGGGAUCAGAUCAUGAUGGCCCUCCAGGCUAAAGAGCUUGCUGGGUAAAGGCGAGAUAUGAGCUUUUCGGAAGGAAGUUUCAUGAAUGUGCCUAUAAUGAAUAUAUUGCCUGUUUUGUUAAUACUGACACAUACUCAAAUCCAAAACACUCUCUGAAGUUAGCCCCAUCCUUUCCACUACCACCUUCCUGGGUCCCCUGUUCCUUCAGUGCUCAGAAAACAUCUGUUCCCCAUGUUAGGGUGCCUGGGGCAGCAACUGAACUGAACCUGGGGUCCCCCUGCUGGGGGACAGAUGAGCUCUGUUUGAGACCUCCAGCCCUAGGAUGGUGCCUCCAUCAGGAAAUGCAUUCCUGGUUCCCAGGAACUUGGACCUCUGGCCAUAACUGUGGCUGUCACCAUCUCGGGCUUUGUCUCUUCCUUCACUCUGGGGGAGAUGGCAGUGUUCACCUCUCGGGCCUGAUCUACUGGGAAGCCCCACGUGUGCCUCCCUGUCGGGUGGCCCAGCAGUCUCUCCAUUUGGCUCCCUUCCAAUUUCUUUUCCCAUCCUGUCCUAACAGAAAUGCUAACAUUCCUACCCAGUAGCCAGAGUAGCCUGCUGAAGUUCCCUUGUAGGCAGGGGCUCCAGUGACCCUGCUGCAGAGACUAAUAAAGAUGUGAUUGGCUCUA